AGUAGAAGGAAGGUCAGUCGUGAAUUUUGCUUAAAAGGACCACACAGGUCGUAAGGAACACUUAUUGCAUUUUGCUUAGUGACCUCCUUGCUAUUUGUGCCCCAUAAACCUAUAAGCACAGGCAGCACUUACUACUCCAAUACAGCGGCGGCCGGCCCCAAACCGGUCCGACAAUGCGACUCGCGACACCAGCCAAGUUAUGAUUUGAGUAACUGCAGUACAAACAUGUCACUCUAUCCGAGCAGUACAGUACUCGGCUCGCAAUAAGCUAGUGAUAACGCUCCAGAACCGCCCAAGUGAGAUGAAGACUGAGUGUAAGGCGUCAUUGUUUUCGAGUGAACUUCAAGAGAUGCGAGACAGUUUGGCUUGGUUCUCGUAGUUCGUGAUGCUGAACAAGGAUCUAUUGACGGGGUCCUGGACAUUACGUUGUCCGCCCAGGACACAGUAUACGCCAUCGCGACUCGUAAAGUAUCUGCUCUUAUCACUCAUGGCGCAUUUGCCGAGUCAUUUAACAGGCAUGAAGACCGAUUUUCCAGGCAGUACGGCGAUUCGGUGGUAGGGAAAAUUUGGGCCCAGCAUCGUAGCUUGAAGGAAGAGUAUCAAGUCGAUCGAAGGUUUGGAAACAAUGUCGACCGCCUAUUUAAGCUCAAAACAACCGAGACAUGGGGAGAUCUCGAUCCUGAAACGCAUGAAGAGCGAGCAUUGGGGUCAACUCACCGAUUUCUUGCCAGAAGACGAGCUACAUGCUUCGCAGUACUUGGAGCUAGUGAAAGUCAUCCGCUUCAUUAAGUAUCGAGUAGAGAUACAUCCUAUAUUAGUCCCCAGCCUUCCUUCAUUAAGGUAAUAUAGGCACUAGGACGGAUAUCGUAGUUUGACGAAGCCUGGUGAUGAUUCAUUGCUGACGGACGUACUUUACGACGGCGCGCUGACCAGCUUGGGGAGCCCAUACUGAGCGCCGGUCAGUCGGCGAGGUGGUCGGUCGGCCAUCGUGGGACGAUUGGCGUGACCCCUUCCAAGCGUAAACCGUUGCAGUAGGUUCACAAAGAGCUCCAUGGUGUCACGAGGAGACCGACCCGCGCACUCACAACGCAAUGGCCUCAUUCAUCAAACUGAUUGAUCUCACUCAAGUUCUGCUUCGGUCGCCGCCCCUGGAGAGCUUGGGGGUGAACACCAGCAAACCCGAAUUGUGCUGCACGAUCCGCCGCUCCGGUGCUGCGAAUGCUCCGCAGCAUUCGGUUGGUCGGAGGCACGUGUCAGAGUACUACAUGCAUCAGUUCGUCUGCAGCAGAGACUGUGACUUACGACUCAGAGUGAGUCAUUGAGGCCCUUGAGCAGGGCCACCAUAUCAUGGCCAUCGAGAUCACCAGCACAUUUGACUGAGCUUCAGCAGAGCUCAUUUCCGCUUUCGCCUCCAUCCAACCACCAUGGGCUCCCCCACUUCAGUAGAUCGGUCUUCGCUCUCCUCCGUCGCACUGGGACAAAAGGUGCCGUCGCCGAUGCCGUCUGCCUCGACCGCCUUCAUCGAUGGUCUCAAGUCCCCCGCCGACCUCGAAGACGGCGCUCUCCGCCCCGGUGGCCCGCCAUCCUCGCUGUUCUCACGCCAGAACUUAGGCCUGGCGGCCCACCAGAUCUCCAUCGCUGUCACCUACGGCUCCAUCACCAGUGUCAUCUACUCGGUGCUCAAUAAUUACCUAAACCUCAGCGCCGUGCUGGUGGCGACCGCGACCGCGCUGGUGAAGGUCCCCAACGCGCUUCGACUGUUCACCGGCCUCAUCUCGGACUGCUACCCGAUCUGCGGCUACCGUCGUCGGCCCUACAUGGUUGCAGGCUGGGCUGUUUCGUUCGUCUGCUUCUUGGUCAUGGCCGUCAUCCCCCUGGGAGAGCCCUACUACGAAGACUGGUCCCUCAAGAACAUACCUGAGAGCGAGUGGACCUUGGAGCAGCAGGCGCUGAUCUAUUACGACGCGCCCAACCACGGCAUCAAGCUCAUCGUCCUCUUCGUGCUCGCUCACUUGGGGACUGUGAUCGCGUACGGAGCAGCGGACGGAUACCUGGUCGAGCUGGCGCAGAGAGAACCGGAGGCUAUUCGGGGUACCAUCCAGACGGAUAUCGCCAUUGUGACUGCAGCUGGGGGCAUCUUCGCUGCAUUCAUGACCGGCCUGGGACUCAAUAGCGAGGCGUACGGCGGGACCUUCUCAUGGGACUUGAGCUUUGCUGGCGUCAUGGGGAUCUGCGCGGGGUUCUCUCUCAUCACCAUUCCACUCAGUUGGUUCUGCGUCACGGAGGAGAAGGCUCCAGCUCAACCCACAGGCGCGUUCUUCGCGUACUUGUACGACUUCAUCCAGUACCGCGUCAUCUACCAAGUCAUUGCCUUCCGCUUCUUCACUCAGAUCUUCUCGAGCUUCUCGGUCACCGCGGCCAGCAAAAUCAAGAGUACCUGGUCCAAGGUCGAGCCGCUCAAUGACGGCAUUGCGAGUAUGCUAUCGUCCUUUAUUAGCUUUGCGGCGCUGUGGGCGGUGCGCAAGUGGGGACUCCACUGGAACUGGCGCUGGGUAGUCGUCUCGUGCCAGAUCUUCGUCGUGGCCAUCGAUUGCUUCCCGACCUUCUUCACCAUUUGGGACGUAUACCGCAGUCAGUGGUUCUGGCUCGGCGUCCCGCUCAUUGCUGAAGUCCCCAGCAGCAUCCACGACUUCAUUGCGAAGCUCUUUGUCGUUGAGAUCGCUGAGGCUGGGAGUGAGGCCACCAUCAUGGGCUUGAUCAUCAGCAUCAACAACAUCGGCACCCCCUUCUCCACCGUCAUGUACAAGUCCAUCGACGCCCACUUCAAGCUUACCACGGCGCAGAUCACCAAGGACACGCACGAAGUGCGGACGCACGUGACCUACGCAUACCUUAUUGCGUACGCGUUCAACCUCGCGUCCAUCGCCUUCGUGUGCUGGUUGCCGAGACAGAAGGACCACGCUCACGAGCUCAAACGCACAGGCGGGAAGAGCAAGCUCAUGGGCUUCGUCACGGUCGGCUACAUCACCUUCGGCUUCAUUUGGGUCGUGCUCACCAACUGCUUGACGCUGUCGUCGAAGACUAGCUGCCUCCGUAUCGCGGGUGGAACGGGGUGCUGACCGAACACGCUCUCGUAGAGCUCACGGGGUUAGUCAUAGAGCAACUCGAGUUUCAAUGGAAUAAACUGGUAACCCCGAAACCAAAAACUCUAGCAAACGAAUGAAUAAAAGGCCUCGUCACUUACCAAGAUUAGUUUGCGUGCCCGAAACGGUGCAUGACUCACUGUAUUUCCACUGCGAGUGCCUGGCGUUCCCCGCUCUACGGAGCAGUCGCCGUUGCAGCAGCAGCCGUGAGGGAGCGCACGAUGUCGGGGUACUGCUGCUCGAUUUGUUCGGCGCACUGGUUGACGUUGAAGCACACUGAGCUGAUUCGCGUGUCGAACGCCGCCAGCACUUCGUCCUCCGUGUUCUCGAACUCCAAAAAGCCCAGGUGCUGGUCGAUGCUGCCCUUCAUCCGCUCCUCACCGAUCAUAGUGGCCGCCACACGCUCCGCAUUGGCGGGCUCGAUCUCAAGGAGCUUGCCCAGCUCUUCGAGCGAGAUGCUGCUGUGCACGCGACUGGCAGCUAGCAGGUUGUGCUCCAGAAAGGCGUUCUCCAGCACCGUGAAGCCGUUCGACAGCACGGCCUUCUGGUGCGGCAGCAAACUCUUCUCGAACUGCACGAGCUCCGGGCGACGAAUCAGCUGCUCCAUGUACAUCUUUUCCAGGAUCGCCACGUGCUCGCUGUUCUUGACGCGCUCGUCCUUGUAGAGCGUGCCCAAAAGGCGCGAGCGCUGCGGGCCAGCUGACGCCAGGAUAGCGCACGUGACGGCCUUGCUCAGCAGCUCCAGCAGGUCAUCUGGGUCCACUUCGUCCGGCUUUGACUGCGAGAACUCGUAGUAGCGCAACGCAGCGUCCAAGAACUUGCGCUUAGAGUCCAGGAUGCGCGCGUACGACACCUGAAAGCGCAGCUUGAGCGCCCAGUCCUCCACGUUGUGGAUGAAGCGCGAGGCGCGGUUGAUGAAGUUCUCGGCGUCCACCGUCUCGUCCUCCUGCAAGUAUAGCUCGGCGAUCUUGACGUACUUCUCGGCCUUCUCCACGUCGCUGUACUGGCGCGUGGAGCUCUCGAGGUUAAUGGCGGCCAGGGCCUUGGCCGCCUCGAUGUACUCUUCCUCGUCCAUGUACAUGGCCGCCAGCGACUCGCGGAACAUGACGUCGGGCUCCUCGAACGACAGGAUGCGCGGCUUGAUCUUGGCCAGGCAGAAGCAGAUGAACUCGAGCUUCCACGGGUGCGCGUCCACGUCGAUGCCCGCGACAACAGAAGCCAAGUGCGUGAUAGCCUGCAGCCAUAGCAGCAUGGACGGAUCGUUAGGUACUGGGCUUGACUAGGCUAGGGCCACGCAUGUAGCGUGCACGUACAGCCCGGGAGAUCACCAGCAGCACAUCUUCUCCCAGUACUGAGAUAACAUAAACACACUGGGGCGUUAGUACUGUAGAUCUUGAGUAGGACUAGUGACGGCCGUACAGUGCGUCACAAUGGUCUUGAGACUGGCGAGGUCCUGCAGCUUCUCCUCCAGCAGCGACUACAAGUACAGAGUGAACGCAGGACGUCAGUGUCCAUCCUCACUAUUGACCUUA